AAAUUCAACAUUCACACACGUUUGUUUGUAUUUGAAAUUUGUAUGUAAGCAGGCCAGAAUUUAAUUGUAAUAAAGAAAGAUAAACAAAGUAAUAACAAAAUGAAAUGCCACGUACCAGGGGCUAACGUUAAAGUUUUAGGCAGAACUGUACAUGCUCUCGCUAGAUUUGGUGAUGAACUUUACUUAGAAUCUCUUCCUGAUUGCAUUCUACUAAGAACUUUAAAUGCAGCCGAAUCUGCAUAUGCUAUGGUGAAGUUCAAGAAAAAUUUCUUCUCCUACUUCAAUUACAAUUACUAUUCUACGGAAGAUAAUGAAGGCUUGAAGUGUAAAAUAUCAAUGAAAUCUGCGUUAAACACAUUCAAGUCUCCCACACACAUGGACAAACAAGUUGAAAACUUAGAAAUCAAACUUGAUGCAGAUGCAUGUAAGCUUAUUUUUCAGUUAAAAUGUAGGCAUGGCAUUGUGAAGACUCAUUUUGUAUCAAUUCUGGACUGUAAAGCAAUGCAAGCAGUUUACACUAAGGACUCUGUACCAAAUAGAAUAACAUCACCACAAAGGAUAUUGUCAGAUGCUCUCAACAACUUUCAAAGUUCAGAUGACCAAUUGACUGUUGAAGCCACUUCACAGUCUCUAAUUCUCCGUAACUAUAUUGAUUGCAGCAUAGACCUAACUAAAAUAAUCAGGACACAAAUAAGUUUAAAACCUGCAGAAUUUGAUAGCUAUGUUAUUGGAACAGAAACUAUUAUUACAUUUUCACUAAAAGAAUUUCGAGCCUUGCUAGCCUUUGCAGAAGCUCUUAACCUACCACUUCAAUUACAUUUUGAAACAACUGGAAGACCAGCUGUUUUCAUUGUCCAUAAUGGCAUUACAUUUGAGGCACACUUUGUACUGGCCACAACUAAACCUGAUGCUGCUUCACAAACAACAGCUACACAGAACACUAGUGUUGAAAGAAAGAAAAGAAAAGAUACAACAAGCACACAAGGCUCUGUCAAGAAGAAACCACACUUAGAUAUUGAUGUAUCUAAAUGUCUAGAUGAGGACUCUCAUUUGUUUAACUUUGUUGAGAUACCUGAUGAAAACUUUGUUAACACCAGUAACAAGCAGAAUGGUUGUCUAACUAGAGAUGACAAGAAUAGUACUAAGGUUGAUGCAAUGGACUGUGAUAAUAUCCCAGCUUCACCUACCUCAAAGACAAUCAAGUCUGUCUUUAAAAGAUGCUUUGAAAGCACCUUUGAUCCACGAAGCAUACAAGGUGUCAUUUUAGCAGAGAAUUCUGAUAGUGACUGAUACCAUUGUACUUAUGAAGUGUUGUUACCAAAUGUAUAAUUCAAUAAGAAUAAAUGUUAUAUUUGUUGCUGA